AUUAUUGAUCAACGCAGAAGGAAGUGUGGUUUUGUUCCGGUUUGAGGAAGUAGAAUGGGAUCAUAAUAUAGCUAAUAAAGCUAAUAGAAUAUCUAACCAAGCAGUCAUAGGCAGAUUUCAUGACGUACCAGCCCAAAUUAAGCCGCCUCCAUAUUCAAAAUCCGUGCGAGAGAAAAGAGCCAGAAAGAAAAAUUGGAAGCUAUACAGAGAAGCUGACGACACAGUACUUUCCUAUUAUAUUUCCCAGCAGACCACAAGAUUAUCCAAAAGUGUCCCAGCCCUUGUUUAUGAAAUUGUGAAGACUCCUUUACCCCGGAAGAGGGAAGGUAAGGCAUCCAUAGACCUGGAUCCAUACCAAAAGCAAAGACUCUCUCUACUUGCCCAUCAAGCCUUACGGGAGCAAUCUUCAACAUUAAUGAAAGUUAUUUCUGAUGAGGAAUUAGUACAAGAAACUCCACCCAUUUCCUUAUUUAGCCAGAAUACCAAGGCUUUGUUAAAUCACCUAAAGAAGAGGCAUCCUAUUGAUCCCAUAUCUAAUGAUCAGAUACUCCUCACUGUCAGUACAGUACAUCAUGCCUAUCAACAAGAUAACGUCAGUGCCAAUAUGGCAUACAACAUGAACAUUAAAGAUGCUUGGGAACCUGUUCAGCCCAAGAAAUUACAGCCUAAAUCAACUCUAUCUGCUCAAAGCUCAAAGAACAAGGCAACAGAUCUAGCAGCCCAAGUGAAACAACUAAAGGCUGCUGGUAUCACUUUAGGUAUGGAAAAGAUUUCCUCACCUUAUGAAACCAAAAUGCUACAGCUCAAUACAAAGAAUUCUUUGCUUGGUAGUACUGUGAAAUCCUUCAUUCCUCCCCCCUGUAUCACACGUUCCAAGUCUUGCAGCAGCUUGUCAAGAAGGAAAGCUUAUUUUAACAUCUCAUCUCCAGCUGUCCCCGCGAGUAAGAUCAUUGGUGGCUUUACAAGUUCAGCUGAAUCCAUCAAAAUACCACGAAUGAAGAUUGCCCAACCUGAUAUCAAUGUAAUUUCACGGCGCAGAAAAGUUUUUAAUGUCAUUAAUCCAAAUCCUUAUCGUUAUAAUUCUGGGUUCCAACUUUUGACUACACAACAAAUGAAAGAAUAUGAAGAAGCUAAGAUUGCAGAGUACCAGGCAACCAAGACAAAAGUUAUUGCAAAUAGAGAAAAGGUGUGUAAAAAUGCUUGGGUGAGGAAAAUUAAAGGUCUUCCUAUAGAUGACUUCACUAAGGAGGGAAAAACUGCUGCUCCUGAACUUGGAGCUAAUGUUUUCAUUUGAGGCUAACUUCUUUAAUACAGCUGACAAACCCUGAAAAAACAAACGCAAAAUUCCAGCCCAGGUACUGUUGAUUCCCUCUGCUCUGAAAUUUUGUCCUAUUUCCCUCUUUUGGGACACUGUGACAAACUGUACUAAAUCAAACAAUUAGACCUUCCUUGUUUUCAAAAAAUGAAAAGUUUCCCUCCCUUUUCAAAAUAUUUCCAGUUUGCAACAUUUGUAUUUUAUUAAAGUUCCUGUUCUGUUCAUGAACAUUUAUUAACAAGAUUGGUAACACCUUUUAUAAAUUUUGCUUCAUAAAUUAUAUGUAUGCAUUCCUAAGGUAUCUUACUUAGCUGAUAUCUUAGUGUAAUUGUUUCACUGUGUAGUUGUAAAAAUUACCAAAAUUAUAUGUUUACAAAAUA